UUUAACAGUCUUAACUGUUCCAAAUCAGUGAAGUGCUCCUUUAACCACACCAUGCCAAAUGCACUCGCAGACAAAUCGAAUGUCUUUAUUUUGAAGGCAGCAUAGACUGCUUUCCGGUAUUGUAUCCGUGUGUUGAUGCAGCGACCAGAGGCGAUGGGGAGCGCUUUGCGGUCGCAGUAGGGACAUCAGACUUCACACGGCGCGCGUCCACACAGACUCAGACACGGUGAGACGCGUGAAGGAAAAAUAAAACUCUCUUUGUUUCCUCUUCGAUAUCCACAGCCUCCAGCAGGCUCAUGGAGAGCGGAGCCCUGCUUGUCCGCACAGGGGGCACGUUAAUCGGAUGCCUUUCACCACAGCAGCGCCGUUAGAUGCUUUCCAUUCAGGAUUAAUUGGUUGACCAAUGGCUCCCAAACAUGCGCUCCUCUCCAGCAGCGGCAGCAGUGGCCCCGGGGUUGGAGGGGUAAAUGAUAAAGGAGACCCCUUCUCUUCCUCUCUUACGGCAUGGAUCCUGAAUACAGGGAUGGUGACCGUCGGUUCGCCAAGGAACAGGAAGAGGACGCGGGCGCUGAAUGGGUUGCUGGCCCGGUGUUUUGUGACCAUCGGCGCGGUGCUGAUGCUGAUGAUGCAGAGCUCCUUGGCCGCUGACGCUGAGGGAGGUCACCAUGAGUCAGUUAGACAGGCUGUCUUACCUCUGGACCCUGCAGUGCCCUUCGACCUCUCAGCCACCCAGGGGACUGGAGACAUAGCUGGAGUUAAAGACAAAGAUGUAAUGGAUGGGACUGAUGGUGAUCUUGGAGUUGGACCCAGAGCUUGGCCUAAGGGUAAAGUGUUUGCUGGGGCCAGAACGGCGGUUUGGACUGAAACGGAAGCAGGAGUGCGCGCUGAGGCAGGUGGUAAAGUCUUUGCCGAGACUGGGAUUAUGACGGGAACAGGUGUCUGGGCUGAAGUUGGGGCUGAAUGGAGACCGAGGGCCAUGGAAGGAGGUGACCUGCCAAGCAUGUCCAGGGACCCGGCUUCUUGGCUGGGGCAGCAAGGGAAGCAAAGGCUGCGUGGAGUGGGCCAAAGAGAGGAGGCAUCCUUCUCAUCAGUCCCCACCAUGCUGGCAGACGCAGUGGAGCUGCAGGCACCAGUGUUAGGAAAACCUUUAGGACUACUGUCUAAAGCUGCUUGGACCAGAAGCUUAUCUUCAUCCUCAUCCAAGGUCUCCUCCUCUUCUGCCUCCUCCUCUACAACAAAAGCAUCCACUUUGCCUUCCUCCUCUUCGUCCUCCUCCCCAGCCAGUAACAGAGAGAGUCAGACAACAGCAUCAGAUGUCUCUCUGAUUGUCGUCAACAGCAGCUCCUCCAACAGCAACAGCAGCUCCAGUUUGGAGGAGUCAGUGAGCAGCCUUCCAGCUUGGGAUCUGCCCACUGUCCCAGAAUCGCUCCUGUCCACAGUGGGAGACCACGAUGUCACACUUCCUGCCAACAUCACCAGCCCUUUCUCUACCCACCAAUGGAACACCACCGUGCCCGUGCGCACCAGAAACACCUCACGGCACAUGACCACAUCAACCACCACAAUCAACACAACUCUAUCACCCACCACCACCUCAACUUUACUGUCAUCCACCACGGCAAGAGCACAAACACUAUCAGGAUCCACCACAGUCUCUCACACCACAAACCAGGACACUGUGACCAAUGACAGCCUUCAGCUGACGACAGUAACCAUGACGACACCCUCAACGACCACUACUGUGACUGCUGCUGAGAUGAUGACACAGACGGUGACCACUGAGAGUGGUGUAACAGUGGCACAAAAUACCACUGCUGCUACAACCAUGCAGCAAACAACGAGCCUCAAACUGACAACAGUGGCUGCAACCCAGCCUACCACCACAACUACAACCACGCCUGCCACCACAGCUGUCCCCCCAACUACCACCACCGCCGCCACUACACCUGAAACUACUACAAGUACUACACCUGCUACUACUACAACUGCUGCCACCACCACUACUACUACCAUUACAACCACAACAACGAAGGUACCAACCACCACUAUGUUCAUCCCAAUCCAAGCCACGCUGCCUCCCACCACAACCACAGAAACUCCAUCAAGUACCAGUGCAGAGGAAAGUUCUCUACCAUGCAACGUGACUGAGAAGUACUGGGUCAGAACAGUUCUGUCCAUUGAGCAGCGUAGGAACUGCCUGGAUCUGAUCCUGAAACAGAACCUCUCUAAAGGACUGAGCCACGCCCUGCAGAGAGCUCUGAAUGAUUCCUCAGCCCAUGCACAGGUGGAACGUGAUGACUGCAGCCCCCACAAUGUGACGCUGGGUUACUACGUGACCAGCAGCAAAACUGUCUACAUUUCCUCCUUGGUGGUCGAGGCUCUGAAUGUUUAUGGUUUUGACAAGCUGCUGUCGGACAUCAGACAGCACACUCCGUUGGUUAAGGCAGUUCUGGUUCCCGUGGAAAAAUGGCUGCCUGCUCCAAGCAUUCACCUGCAGCUAAAAACAGUGUUGAGGUUCGUCGGCCCAACAGAUAACAUCUACUCCUGCAGUUUUGUCCAGAUGUUAAAAGAGAGGCUGGAAAACGCCUUUGACGAGGCUCAGGACAAAGUGCUGGAGACCUACAACAGGCUCACCGUUGAGAUCCAGGGUGUGUCCCAGGAGCUGGGCGCUCCUUCCGUUUCUCUGGUAUAUGUGGUGAAGAACCAGGAUGCAAUUCUUAACGGGACGAUCUCCAGUGGCCUCCUCAACCAGCUGACCGCAGAGCUGGUGGGAUACUUUCUGUUCUACCCGCCACUGGUCAUUGCCGAGCCUCUUGAAUACCAUAAUCUCAACACGUCGAUGGCGACCAAGAACUAUUGGGUGAUAACAGUGAUCCAGGAUGUGGACAGCUCCUCCCUGGAGGCCAACUACCAGAGCUUUGCCAGCCUGAUGGAACAGCGGCUGGCUGAGCUCUUCCUGGUGGCAGGAAGGCAGGGGUCUCGGGCAGCACGAUCUCGCCGGGCCACCACUGUUGGGGCCUACACUGUGCAGAUGGUGAGCAUGCGGCGACUGCCUGGUCCAAAGAACCCAGCAGAAAUGACAUACUACGUCCAGCUGAAUGGAGAACCCAUCACUGGAACCAGUGCUGCCAAGACCCUCAGCAGCCUGGACUCCCAGACCAUGGCUCUGACACUGGGGUACUUUGUACAAGUGCAGGCUGAACCUGUAGUAAAGACUCCGCCCAGCAACCUGUGGAUCAUGGCAGUUCUGACGCCUCUCUUCCUGUUGAUGGUGGUGAUUGGCAUGGUGGCCUUCAUUCUUUGUCAGAGGAACAGGGUCAUCUUCAAAACUGGAGCCUUCAGGACCUUCAAAACCCGCUCCAAGACCUCAUAUCGAAGGGAGGGCAGUUACCACCACCAGCCUGUUCAGGGCUUUGACUACGCUAAGAAGCACAUGGGUCGAACAGGUGAUGAGGCCAUCUCGGUUACCAAAGAGACACUGGUGCUGGGGCUGCCUGUACGAGACGCUCCCCUGUCCCUCUCACUGGAUAAGAAGGUCCACCAGGAUGGGACCGCUAACAAGAGGCCCCCAUCUGCUGACAUACACAAAGGAGGGCGGUUGCCAAGCGAGGAAGACGGCUCGAUGUCGAGUAAUGGCUCCGGGAAGCUGAACACUAGCAAGAGCUCCUCCGCCCGAAGGACGACGACCGGCAGCAGCAGCAAGAACGGCAAGGAAGAGCUGCACAAGAGGAGCACCAACGACCCAUAUGAAGACCAUUCAGGCUCUCUGCGUCUCAUCACCAUCAAACCCAUGACGGCCCAGCCAACCUACUCUUAUCCCUCCUCUUCAUCGCACAGCCAAGACUCUGUGGUCCUCAACGGGGAGGCAAACCACGGUGGGUUGAAGCAGAAGUCAGACAUUGAGCACUACAGGAACAAACUGCGUCAGAAGGCCCGCAGGAAGGGGUACGGAGAAUUCUCUCUCUCUGAGAGCGGCAGCCAUGGUUACAGUCACCGUGACACCAGGCACAGUCGGCAUGACAAUGGGGUCAAGGAGCCGAUGACCGCUGAGGAGAAGAGGGCCUCAUUCGCAGGAUGUCACAAGAGGUACUCCCACCCAAGGGAGCCCACCUACUGGAGUCGGCAGUCCCUGAGUAGCCCGAGCCCAGUAGAGACAGAGAUGGACCUGCUGGUGCUGAGAGAAAGAUCCAGGAGGGGCAUUCGAAACAACGGCUACGAUGGUGAACCAGAACCAUUUGAGGAGACCAACGUGGACCGUCUGAUGAGCUCUCUGGGUUAUGGAGGUGGAUCUACUGGCACCGGAAACGGCAGCUUGGGGGUGAAAGCUCACCGUGGCUCUGACUCCUCCACACUUAGCUCUCAGCCAUCCAUUGACGAGGUCCGCACGCAGAUGCAUAUGUUGCUAGGCAACGCUUUCAGCCUGGCACCUCCGGACCAUGACCCCCCUUCUCCUCCAACCAACCACCACCAUCACCACCAUCAUGUCCACAGAGCCUACAACCCGUCCCACACCAGCCAUUACAGUGACGGGGUGACCAGCGCCCCGGGGACCAUGAACCACCCCUGCGGAGGCAGACAGAGGAGCACAGGCUACGAGGACAUGCACCAGUGUAGCCUGCCUAAACCGGGUUUCCGCUUCACCCAGCUUCCUGAUAUGGGCAUCGGGUCUCCCCCGCCUCUGAUCCCCUCAAGACCAGGACCACCACCUGGAACGUCACUACGACGUUCCACCCCUGAUGUUAGUCUGAAGCCUCGUGUGUCAGAGGCCUCAGACCUGCAGGCCCAGCAGCACAAUGGUGCCCCAUACCUGCCGCUGUCCAGGACCCCCUUCCCUGCCGUCACUGUCGACCAAUCCAUCACCACCUACUCAGGAAACCCAAUAACAGCAGUCUACGCUAUAUCAGCCAACCGUCCGGGUUACUCAGAUUACUUUGUCAUGUCGCCGCCGUCCUCGUACCGUAGCCCGUCCUGGAUGUCCUACCCACCUGAGCCAGAAGACCUGCCGCGGCAGUGGAACGAUACACCGAACUCGCGUCAUCUUGAAACCAUCUGCUGAAGUCGUCGUCCUGUGACACUGAGUGGAAACAGCCACUAGACGGUGUCUCUUCGGAUGGGCAGAGAAAACUCUGGAGCUUUAGUCCCCUCCUUCACUUGGUCCAGGCCUUCCUCCUGUCUGAUUAAUUCACCUCCAGUGGACCCCCCUUCUGCUCCCACCUUAUCCCCAGCUCCUCCUCUCUUCUCUGGCCUGGCCUGCGUCUAUCCUCUCUCUCUGCGUGCUUCAUCUGCUGCGUUACUCAUCCUCCAGAACUCCUCCGCCCCUUAAGCCCCUUCAUCUGGUCCAAGCUCUGCUUCAGUCUUCUUACCAGCGCAAAUGUUCAGCCAUAAUUCUCUCUCUUCCUGUAUUCUCUCUGCUCCCUGAGCCCCUGGCCUCACUGGCUCUUCAAGACCCUCUUGGUCCCUUGUCACUAUUUCUAUGAAGGCUGCCUCUUCUGUGGUGACCACCACUGUACAGGCCCCCUCAUACUGCUUAAUUGAACUGAGCUGAGCUGAGCUGAGCUGCAUGAAGCUGUACUGUGCUCCCUGCCUAACACAUGUGUGCAGUGUGGAUGAACAGGGUGGGUGCAGUACAGCGUGACCAGAGCGACCUUCCUGUAGUUCUCUGCCCCAGCAAUCAUCAUACACUAACUGCCAUCUGCCCAGCAGACGAUGGCACACAGCGCUGUGUUAUCAGUAUGGUAGUGCCCCAGCCAUGGCCAGUAGUCUCCUCCUCUGAACUGGACUGGACUGAACUGGACCAUCUUGGACUUGUCCCACAGGUCCACCAUGAAGCCAGGAAAGCUGGACUGACUUAAAACUGUGCUUUUUUUGAUGAAUCCAAAUUCCUAUGUAGAUCUUCUACAGCUCGUUAAUAUGUGUAUUUUAAACUUCAGUGAGAAAAGAAAAAUCUAAAGAAAAAAAAUCUCUUGUCUUGAGCUGUCUCAAUUUCAGUUUUUGGAUAUUUGUGUGCUUUUGUCUUUUAUUUCUGUGCAUUGAUUAUUAUUAUCAAUGGAUUACUGUAUUAAAAAAAUGUAGUGAGUGUUUACCUUUCACUCACCUUAUUUCAUGGCAAAAAAAGAAUUAUUACAUUCUUCAAAACUGAGAACUCGGCGGCUUAGUUGUCUGUGGUUAUGAUGGCAUUUCUGUACUUUUAAAAAGAAUUACUUCAUUUACUUUUUUCCUUCAUCAGAUUCAGCAGUGAAAACAAGAAUUAGUCUCUAUGUUCUGUCCAUCAUCUGAUUAUGAAGUUUUUGUCUGCUAACCCUUAGACAGACCUGGGUCAAAUAUAACUUUUUGAAAUCCUACUCACAUGCAGCUCUGUUUUGUAGCUUCGCUGCAGACUUUGUUUGACUCCUCACUAAGUUAAAGACAAAAUCAUUUACUAUAUGAUGACUUGGAUUUGAACUUAUUUGUGUUUUGACUCGGGUCUGUUACAAUUAUGUGAACACACCAGUAUUCGUAGAAAAACAGUUCUUUUAAUUGAAAGGUGUCUACUGUAUUCUACUGUGUAAGGAAAUUUAACUUUUGGUUCUUUUGGUCUUGACGAAGAGGGAUGAAUAUGUGGUCACUGGACUGUGGUGUAGUACUGUUCAAGAGACUUGCUGGGCUCAGUUGAGCCGCAUAUGUAACGAUUAAACCUAUUAUUGUAUAUAGCAGAUGAUUUAAUGAAGAGAUUUAUGCAAGUACUGUGGGAGGGAUACUUGGCUUGACAUUGUUGUGAUGCCAUUGUUUUUUUUUUUUAGUUUCACUGCAUUUAUAAUGAAGGAUGGUCAGACUGUUCCUGAAACUCCUAGACUUUCUUCAGGAUGCACACAUUCCUGUAUCAUCUAGAUCAUCGUUUACAUAGUGUUAUUAAGACAGAAGAGAAAAUAACAUUUUAUAAAAGAAUUGGAUGGACUGGCUUGCAGUAGAAGGACACUUGUUGAGCAGAUCUUACCCUGCCUUUACAGUAUUCUUUAUGUUUGAACAAAGCUAACAUAGCCAUAAUAGUCAAAAUAAUGCAACUUUUUAGUAUAAACAAUGUCACAGUCUAAAUUCUAUUUACCCUCAUUUUUUCUGAGGAGAACUGGGAAUCUGUGAGCACACUGUAUGUAAAACUCCUCAUCAUUUAGAUGGUCCUAUAGGAGAUUAUAGCCAUAUAUUAACUUCACCAAGUGGACAUAAAACAGCUACGAUAUAUACAGUGUUAUGUGAAAAGUGGUAAAUGAUACCAAAUGAGUGUAUAUUAGAUGAGGCAGGGAAUAGUAGAGAUAGUAGAGAUAGAAAUGUAAAGAUAAGAUAGUAAGUUAUAGUUUAAUGUGAAAUGAGCACUUUCAUGAAGAGCCCAAACGCUGACAGAAAAGAGCAGAAUCAAUGCAAUGACGCUAUUGUAUAGUAUGAAAUAUUCAGAUUGUAUAAAUCUAGAAAACUUAAUAGAAAUCCUUUUAACCUGGUCUGAAACCGUAAAUGCUUAAUUGCAGUUUAAAAAAAUAGGUUUGAAAAAGACAAAGCUGAAGCUAGAACUGUCCACCGACAAAAUGUCCAUAUUUCAUGUUCACAAUAUGAGAGACAAUACACAAAAAAGACUCUGAUAUUUAUUCAGAGUCAAAAUCAUCUAAAUUUGACUGUUUUAAGCCAAAACCAUUAAUAGAACAGCUUUGAAACCAUAUUUAGACAGUGAUGGAGGAUAAUGUAUUUUGGGGUUGCAUGAGGGGACUUUGUAUUUAACCUUAGCAUUUCUAAAAUCCUGACUACGACCCUGCCUCUACAUUCAUGACUUCAAAUUGAAAUAAUUUAAAUUCCAAAGGUACAAAUCUACAUAUAUUUCAAAUACAAAUACCACAUGUAAUGUCACAAUUUGUCAAAAGAAACCUGUAUGUUGUCUUUAUUCAGGUCAGAUGUUGUAUUCAGUUUCACUCCUGUCACAGUGCAGCCCUGCGCAUGAAUAAUAUUAGCUGUGGAAAUUUAGGAAAAAGAAAGCAAAGGCAUGAGGUGACAGUAGAGGAGCAUUAUGAGCGCACACGGUGCUAUUGGUGUUUGAAUCAUCAUUAUUAUCACUACAGACCUGCAGGAACUGUCAUAUUUUUAAUCAUACUGCAUAAAUCUGUGAUGGGUUGAAGAGAAGACACCUCCACUCAUGUUUCUGAUUUUAUUUGACUCCAUGUUAAAAAGAGGGGUGGGUGGGCUUUGGUUUUUAAGCAGUAAUUUUAAGGACACUUGAUGCUAUGCUAUAAGUUGAUGUGCAAUGUUUGUGCUUUACACGGGUAGCGGCGAGAUGCUUUUAUUGACGAUGGACUCUGGGAUGGACUUGACUGUCAGUAGUUUUUUUUUUUCUGCCGUUUGAGCCAUGUCAUGAUGCUGUGACAUCAUGGUGGCACUGAUGAUGUCACACCGAUCGUCACCCUGAUGUUGAUGAGGUUACAGUGACGACAAUAAUGAAUGCUGUUGGAUGUAGUUAUGCAGAAAACAUUUUGGUGAAUUUAAACAAUAAAGA